AUAGUUCCUCGAGUGCUUACCAUGACAGGUAUGGCUUUACGAGGUCAAAGGGCUGCAAGUCCUCGGACUCUGAUAUGCCAAUUCUGCCAAUUCUCCGCAUCCCCGGCACCCCGACUACGAACCCACUUUACUCGAUCUGUUGCAUCAACCAGACCGUUCACUUCCAACGGGAACUUGGGACUAUGGAAGGCCAAAAGGAACUUGAACACCCAUUGGGCCAUUGUACAGACUGUAUCCAAAAAAUUUUCAUCAAGCACAUCCGAAACAACUACACCCAUAGAUCUAGAAGAUGCUUUGCGACAAAUUACAAACGAUUCAGCCGAGGUCCUACGGCUGGACUCAGUGCCCUCGAAUGAGUCAAUUGUGAAACUCCUUCAACAAUGUGAAGAAAUAGCAGAAGCCCUCGUCCACCAAGACCAGGAUACAACAAAGAAAGGAGACAAUGAAAUAUCCAAUCUGCUCGACCUAGAAGAGAAGAGCGCCACGAAAAAGCCCUCCAAAUCAACCCAGAUUGCAGAUCCACAACUGGCCAAUUCUCUUUCCCAGAUCACCUACGAUCUCUUGACGAACGAAAAGGUGUUCAUUUCCCCCGAAGCGCUGGCCUGCUACACCAAGAUUCAGAGCUUACUCAAGCGCGCCGAGCACUUCCCCGAGAUCUUCUAUCUGUAUGCGCACAAACCGGUUCCGGAGGAGAAUACCUCUCCUGUGAAAUUUCACAAGGCAAAUCCCAAAGACAUUAACAGCGCUAUUCCUACCGAUCUCGCCAACAUGGCCCUCGAUGUCGCUAUUGAGCAACGGAACCUGUCUCUCGUUCUUGCCAUCAUCGAUAAUACAUUCUGCGCUCCUGCAUUUUCCCGUGCGAAGAUCUUCAAAAAGGCAGCUGUACCUCUCGGGGGGAUAGCUGCCGCGCCAGCUGCUUGCUAUGCCGUUGCAUCCUGGGCUGCGACACUUCAGAACACCAUGGAUCCCAGCACAGCUACGGGCAUUGCAUUUGCUGCAUCUCUUGCUUAUGUGGGAGGCGUAUCGUCGGUGGGCAUACUCGCUAUCACCACAGCUAAUGAUCAGAUGGAGCGGGUAACGUGGCUACCUGGUGUGCCGUUGCGGCAUCGUUGGCUUCGGGAAGAGGAGCGAGCUGCUUUGGACAAGGUUUCACUUGAGUGGGGCUUUAAGGAUAUGUAUAUGCGAGGCGAGGAAGAGGGAGAGGAGUGGGAAAACUUGAAGGAGUUUAUCGGGAUGAGGGGAAUGAUUUUGGACAAGACGGAUCUAAUGCCUGGAAUGCAAUAAACAU